AUGAGUGUCAUUAUGGCCACCGCCGGUUACGACCACACCAUUAGGUUUUGGGAAGCCCUCUCCGGUAUCUGCUCCCGCACAAUCCAGCACUCCGACUCGCAGGUCAAUCGCCUGUGCAUCUCCCCCGACAAGCGUUUCCUCGCGGCCGCCGGCCACACCACCGUCAAACUCUACGAUAUCAAGUCGACCAACCCCAACCCCGUCCUGCAAUUCGAAGGCCACACCAACAAUGUCACCGGCGUCGGGUUCCACUGUGAAGGAAAGUGGAUGGUGACGUCCUCCGAGGACGGGACCGUAAAGAUUUGGGACACCCGUACCGCUUCAGUGCAGCGCAACUACACCCACGGCUCGCCGGUCAACGAUGUUGUUAUACACCCGAACCAGGGCGAGCUGAUCAGCUGUGACCAGGCGGGAAAUGUGCGGAUUUGGGACCUGGGAGAGAACAAGUGCACGCAUCAGUUGAUCCCUGAGGACGACAUCCCGGUGCGGAGCGUCACGGUGGCCACGGAUGGCAGCAUGCUCGUCGCUGGAAACAAUGUGGGAAAUUGCUAUGUUUGGCGCAUGAUACAAAACCGGGACGUGACGCAGCUAGUCCCGGUAUGCAAGUUCCAGGCGCACACUAAAUACAUCACCCGUGUGCUCCUCUCGCCCGAUGUGCGCCAUCUUGCGACGUGCUCUGCGGACCACACUGCAAAGAUUUGGAGCGUCGACGAGAAGAAGUUUACGCAGGAGACGGCACUUCACGGGCAUCAGAGAUGGGUCUGGGAUUGUGCGUUUAGCGCUGACAGCGCGUAUUUGGUCACAGCGUGCAGCGAUCACUAUGCAAGAUUGUGGGAGCUGAGCAGUCAACAGAUCAUUCGCCAGUACAAUGGGCACCACCGGGGAGCGGUGUGUGUUGCACUCAACGAUUAUAGCGAAAGAUGA